CUCCAUCAGGCGGAGGAGCGAUCUAGGCGGGAGGGGUGGGGUUUCUGCUUUUUGCUACUGGAUUGAGGCGGGCCGAGGAGUGGCCGAGGCCGGUGAGGAAGCCGAGGAGGCCGCGAUCCAUAAAGAAAUAUCCUGAUCUCCCCUAUUUUUCUUGAUGAGCGAUACCAUUCCCUCUGAUGCAGUUGGUCGAAGAAUUCUCUGUAAUGGAGAAUAUGGAACAGUACUUUAUGUUGGUAAAGUUCCUCCUACAACAGGAAUUUGGCUUGGAGUGGAAUGGGACAACCAUGAAAGAGGAAAACAUAAUGGUAGUCAUGAAGGAAUACAGUAUUUCAAAUGUAGGCAUCCUACAGGAGGAUCCUUUAUCCGCCCAAACAAGGCAGAUUUUGGAGUAGAUUUCCUUUCCGCUGUUAAGGAGAAGUACGGAUUGAAUGAAAAUGAGCAAGAUGCCGAGAGUGAAACAGAACUGUCAUUAGUAAUUGGAAGGAAAACUGUAGAAACAGUCGGGUUUGAUUCCAUCAAAGAAAAACAAAAGCAAUUGACUACCUUGAGUGACAUUUCAGUAGAUGCGUGUGCAGUGAGCCUUGCAGGUCGAGAAGAAGAAAUCAGAAAAUCAUGCCCUAAUAUUCGGCAGAUAAAUCUAUCAAAAAAUCUUUUAUCAUCUUGGAAAGAAGUGUUAGCUAUCGCCUGCCAAGUUGAACAUUUAGAAACACUUAAUCUCAGUGAAAACAAAAUGAAAUUUCCAUCUGUUCUACCACCUGCUUCAAGGACAUUUUGUAAACUCAGGAUUCUUGCGCUUAAUCAGACUGGAGUGACAUGGAGUGAGGUUCUUUUAUGUGCUGCAGGGUGGCCUGCUCUUGAAGAACUGUACCUUGCUUCCAAUAGCAUUUCACAUUUAAAAAGACCUGUUGAUGUCCUCCAGAAUCUGAAAUGGCUAGACCUUUCUAACAACCAGCUAACUGAUGAAAAUCAACUUCAUCUAAUUGCAGAUCUUCCCAGGUUAGAAAGAUUAAUACUUACGAACAAUGGAAUUUCUUCUAUACACUUUCCUGAUGCAGCAUUUGGGUACAAGACUAGAAGGUUUCCUUCAUUAACACAUCUUAUAUUAAAAGACAAUAGAAUAGCAAAAUGGUCUGUUAUCAAUGAACUUGACAAGCUACAAAAACUUGAAUCAUUUGAUUGUCGGAAUAACCCUUUGAUGGAUUCAGACCAAAAUGUAGAGACUGUGAAACAGCUUAUUAUUGCCAAAAUAGGCCAGUUAAAGUUUUUGAACAAAUCGCAGAUUUUUCCUGAAGAAAGGAAGGGAGCAGAACUUGACUAUAGAAAAAAAUAUGGAGUUCACUGGUUAAAAGCUGGUGGUAAUCAAGAUCCAAAGAAAAAUAAUCCAAGUGAGGAAUUCCUUGCUGCUCAUCCAAGAUUUCAGUUACUCUGUGACCUCUAUGGUGCCCCAGAAGAUGGAGAGAUGGAAAGAGAACAACCUUUCUCUCUCAAAAAUCAGCUGCUCACUUUGACUUUUAUGUGCCCUGACAAAGCUGAUCAGAAGCCCAUAGAGAAGAAACUUCCAGAUUCUAUGACUAUCCAGAAGGUCAAAGGAUUGCUGUAUCGGCUACUUAAAAUUCCAGGCUCAGAACUGAAACUAUCAUAUGAAAGUUCUAAAAUGAAAGGCAAGGAAUUUGAAUUGGACAAUGACCUAAAGCCCUUGCAGUUCUACUCUAUUGAAAAUGAAGACUGCAUUCUAGUACGAUGGUAAAAGCUGCCUUUAAUACAUUUUGAAGAAUACUUGCACACUGCUAGCAAAGUUUAUAGGCUGAUUUUUAAUUGUAUUGUUGGGGAAAACCUUUAUAAAAACAUAUCACUGUUUGGUA